AUGUCGUCUUCUAGAACAUUGUCAGAACUCUCCAAACUCUGCAUUCAAGUCAGAAUUUCUUACAACACCAUUUCCUCCAUUGGCACCAAUCUCUCACGUCCAGCAAUAGAGCUCUCCUUAAAUGAGCAGCUCUUAUCUGUAACGGAGAAAGUGACUGACAACUUGGAAGCACUCAUUGACCCCUUUGACCUGGAUGUGUUCACGCCGUACCUCAACAGCAACCUUAAUCUCCUGGUGCAGCGGACUUCUGUUCUGUUUGGACUAGUUACUGGUACGGAGAACCAGUAUACUCCCCGAAGCAGCACAUUCAACUCCCAGGAAGCCCACAACAUACUACCACUGGCCUCGAGUCAGAUCCGGUUUGGCCUGCUUCCACUGAGCAUGACGAGCACGCGGAAGGCUAAGUCAACCAGCAGAGGUGUUGAAACAAAAGCCCAGGUUAGUGCCCAGAAA